AUGUAGACUGCUUCUACAAACAUUGGUAAAAGACUGUGCAAUAAGUUCAUCUGAGAAAUUUCCUUGCUACUAAAUAUUCCAUGGUCAACUGUUAGUGGUAUUAUAACAAAGUGGAAGCAACUGGGAACAACAGCAACUCAGCCACGAAGUGGUAGGCCAUGUAAAAUGACAGAGCAGAGUCAGCACAUGCCGAAGCGCACAGUGUGUAGAAGUCGCCAACUGUCUGCAGAGUCAAUAGCUAAAGACCACCAAACUUCAUGUGGCCUUCAGAAUAGCACAACAGUGAGUAGAGAGAUUCAUGGAAUGGGUUUCCAUGACCGAGCAGCUGCAUCCAAGCCUUACAUCACCAAGUACAAUGCAAAGCGUCGGAUACAGUGGUGUAAAGCACACCGCCACUGGACUCUU